CCGGGAUCACGUGACAGCUGCUUGGGUUGUUCUCCUUUGGAGAGGUGAGCGGCGGUUUCAGAACUUCCUGUCAGGCUCGGCGGCCCUGGAGGCGGAUCUGACCCGCACAGGUUCAUCAUCAUGGCCACGUUCUCCGUACCAAGGUUCAAUUCCAACUCCUUGGAAAACUCCUCAAGAAGGCCUUCUGACACCAACCAAGAAGACAACAAUGAAGUCCCACUACUACCUGGAGAAAGCCUUGUAACAGAUAAGGAAGUUAUAUACAGGUGUCCAUAUAAUGCUCCAGUUAAAGGAAGGCUGUAUGUCACAAACUAUAAACUGUACUUCAAAGGUGAGGAGACGGAUCAGUUAAUUGUGUUUGAAGUUCCUCUUGGAGUUAUCGCAAGAAUUGAAAAGAUGGGGAAUGCCUCCAGUAGAGGAGAAAACGCUUAUGGUCUUGAUAUAACCUGCAAAGACAUGAGAAACCUGCAUUUUGCUCUGAAACAGGAAAAACACAGCAGAAGACAGAUAUUUGAAGAGCUGACAAAACAUGCUUUUCCCCUCUCACACAGUUUGCAAUUCUUUGCCUUUGUAAAUGAAGAAAGAUUUCCGCAGAAUGGCUGGGAUGUCUAUGAUCCUGUUUCAGAGUUUCGGAGGCAGGGUUUACCAAACGAUAAUUGGAGAUUAAGCUUCAUUAAUAAAACCUAUGAGUUCUGUGACACCUACCCUCCUCUGUUAAUGGUGCCAUUUCAUGCCGCAGAUGACGAUCUCAGGAAAGUUGCCGCCUUCAGGUCCAGGAACAGGAUUCCGGUUUUGUCUUGGAUACACCCAGAAAAUCAGUCCGUCAUCACAAGGUGCAGCCAGCCAUUAGUGGGUAUGAGCGGCAAGCGGAAUAGAGAUGAUGAGAGGUACCUGGACAUAAUUAAAGAUGCCAAUAAUAAAAGCUCAAAACUGACAAUUUACGAUGCCAGGCCAAAUGUAAAUGCUGUGGCUAAUAAGGCAACAGGAGGGGGCUACGAGAGCGAGGAUGCAUAUCCAUUUGCAGAACUUGUUUUUCUGGAUAUCCAUAACAUUCACGUCAUGAGAGAGUCUCUGAAGAAACUGAAAGACAUAGUCUUCCCACAUGUAGAGGAGUCUCACUGGCUCUCCAGCCUGGAGUCUACGCACUGGUUAGAACACAUUAAGCUGGUCUUGACAGGAGCCAUUCAAGUAGCAGAUAAGGUGGCUUCUGGGAAAAGUUCUGUGGUUGUGCACUGCAGCGAUGGCUGGGAUCGGACGGCCCAGCUGACCUCUCUGGCCAUGCUGAUGCUGGACAGCUACUAUAGGAGCAUAGAAGGCUUUGAGGUGUUGGUGCAAAAGGAGUGGAUAAGUUUCGGACAUAAGUUUGGAUCGAGAAUUGGACAUGGUGACAAGAAUCACGCCGAUGCUGACAGAUCCCCAAUCUUCGUUCAGUUCAUUGACUGUGUGUGGCAGAUGUCUAAGCAGUUUCCCACAGCGUUUGAGUUUAAUGAGCACUUUCUGAUUACUAUUCUGGAUCAUCUUUACAGCUGCCGAUUUGGCUCUUUCUUGUAUAACUGUGAGUCUGUAAGAGAAAAAGAGAAACUGAGAGAAAAGACACAGUCCCUGUGGUCCUGGAUAAACAGUGAAAAGUCAAAGUACAUAAAUCCCUUUUACACCAAGGAGCUGAAUCGAGUCUUGUACCCCGUUGCCAGCAUGCGUCACCUGGAGCUCUGGGUCAAUUACUAUAUUAGGUGGAAUACAAGAAUCAGACAGCAGCAACCAAACCCAGUGGAACAGCGAUACAUGGAGCUUCUGGCUUUACGAGAUGAUUAUAUAAAGAAACUUGAAGAACUUCAAAUCUCAAAUUCACCAAAAAUGAACAACUCCUCCACCUCUCCGCCGUCACCUUCUCGAAUCAUGCAAACCCCGUUUUGAACCAUGAGAAAAAAAAGCUCUUAAUAUGAAGUAUAGAUGAGGACUGCUCGUUUUUGAGGAGGCCAUUUUGAAUGAUGCCUUAAUUUGGAUGAAGUUUGAAUCUUCAUGGUUGAAUAAAAAUGUGCCUUUUUACGAUCCUGACAUAUUAUCCUUUUUAUAUGUUGCACUGGUAGGUAGGUCAUGUUAAAUAAUAAAUGUAGGAAAUGUUCCCUGGCCGACUUUUUACCAUAUCACAUUGGACUUGUGAAUAUAUAUUAA